AUGGAGAAACGGAGAUCAGUUGUAGGGUUUAAUCUAGGGCUUCUGUUAUUGUUGUUCUGGGUUUCUUUUAUAUCUCGGGUGACGGCAAGGUUCGUGGUGGAGAAGAAUAGCUUAACUGUAACAUCUCCGGAUAGUAUUAAAGGUAGUCAUGAUAGCUCCAUCGGAAACUUUGGAAUACCUCAAUAUGGAGGAAGCAUGGCUGGGACGGUUGUGUAUCCGAAGCAGAACGUGAAGGGUUGUAAGGGUUUCGAUGAAUUCGAUAUUUCUUUCAAGGCAAAAGCUGGAGCUCUCCCAAUAUUUGUUUUGGUCAAUCGAGGAGAUUGCUUUUUUUCCUUAAAGGUUUGGAAUGCACAGAAAGCUGGGGCCUCUGCAGUGCUUGUAGCGGAUGACAUUGAAGAACCACUGAUAACGAUGGAUUCACCCCAAGAGGGGAGUGCAUCUGCAAAGUAUAUUGAGAACAUAACAAUUCCAUCUGCCCUUAUUGAUAAAGACUUUGGUGAAAAGUUGAGGAAGGCAAUCAGGGCCGGGGAUAUGGUCAAUGUGAACCUCGACUGGAGAGAAGCUGUUCCACAUCCAGAUGACCGUGUGGAGUAUGAGUUGUGGACCAAUAGCAAUGAUGAAUGUGGGAUCAAGUGUGAUAUGCUGAUGGAGUUUUUGAAGGAUUUCAGGGGUGCAGCACAAAUUCUUGAAAAAGGUGGUUAUGCGCAGUUCACACCCCAUUAUAUAACCUGGUACUGUCCUCGAACAUUCACAGUAAGCAAACAAUGCCAAUCCCAGUGCAUAAAUCAUGGAAGAUAUUGUGCGCCGGACCCUGAACAGGAUUUCAGUCGAGGUUAUGAAGGGAAAGAUGUUGUUAUUGAAAAUCUGAGACAAUUAUGUGUUUUUAGAGUGGCAAAUGAGAGCAAAAAGCCCUGGGUCUGGUGGGAUUAUGUAACAGAUUUUCAAAUAAGAUGUCCAAUGAAGGAGAAGAAGUACAACAAGGACUGUGCUGAUGCUGUAAUCAAAUCUCUAGGUCUUGAUGGUAAAAUGAUUGAGAAGUGUAUGGGGGACCCAAAUGCAGACGCUAAAAAUCCUGUUUUAGAAGAAGAGCAGAAAGCCCAAGUUGGGAAAGGAUCAAGAGGUGAUGUAACCAUACUACCUACCCUCGUCGUUAACAAUCGACAGUAUCGAGGGAAAUUACAGAAAGGUGCUGUUUUGAAGGCUAUUUGUUCUGGUUUUGAGGAAACUACUGAUCCAGCUGUGUGUUUGAGUGCUGAUAUAGAGACUAAUGAGUGUUUAGAUAAUAAUGGUGGUUGCUGGCAAGAUAAAACACUAAAUGCAACUGCCUGCAAGGAUACAUUCCGUGGAAGAGUAUGUGAGUGUCCCCUGGUUGAUGGUGUUCAGUUCAAGGGAGAUGGUUACAGUACUUGCAAAGCAAUUGGACCUGGACGGUGCAAGAUAAAUAAUGGGGGUUGUUGGCAGCAAACUCAAGAUGGUCACACAUUCUCUGCUUGUGUGGAUACCGAGGGCAGUAAAUGCCUGUGUCCUCCUGGAUUUAGUGGAGAUGGUGUCAAAAGUUGUGAAGAUAUUGACGAGUGCAAAGAGAAAAAGGCUUGCCAAUGCCCUGAAUGCAGUUGUAACAAUACGUGGGGUAGCUACAAGUGCAGUUGUAGUGGAGACCUCUUGUACAUCAGGGAACAUGACACUUGCAUAAGUAAGCGGGCAACGGAAGCAAAAGGUACGUGGGCUGCUUUUUGGGCCAUUUCUAUAGGCUUGGUCAUGGCUGCUGGUGGAGCUUAUCUUGUUUACAAAUAUAGAUUGAGAUCGUACAUGGACUCAGAGAUUAGAGCUAUAAUGGCACAGUACAUGCCACUGGACAACCAAAGUGAAAUCCCAAAUCAUGUCAGUGAGGAUCGUGCCUGAACAUGUGAUCCAUUGCUGUCGAACUUCCAUAUAUCCCCAAGCAAAGCAGAGAUGUGGUUUGCCUUGCUUACCUUCACAAGAAGUACCUCCAGAAGGUGGGCUUCCAAAUUUUGUAAAUUUAUGGACUGGUAAGAGGUUUAAGCAAGAGCUUGGACCUUGAGCUGGAAGAUGACAUAAAAAAUUAAACUAGGGUGGAUUGAUGGAGAGACUUGAAGAUGGACUGCAAUUCUAGGAAGCACCAUUACUAUUUAUGACCGAGGAUGUUUUUAUUAUCUGGUUCUAAGAGCAAUUUGUGUAAUUCAUGUAAAGCUUUAAUUGGGCUGAUGAGACAUGAUUCUCUCACCACGGCCCAUACCAGUGUAAUUUCAUUAUUUAUAAUUAGUAAAUUUUUGGUGUUUGGGAGUUA